AAGUGUGAGGAUGAUAUCACCUGCAUAGUGCAUUGCGGUGUGCUAAUAAUACCUCGACAACUAUAACUGCGAAAGUAACAGUACUAGGGCGUGUAGGAGAAAACCCUAAUGUGACAGCCAGUAAUUUUCAUAAGAAACAUCGCUGAGUAGCAGAGAAAUCAUGGAUCCCCAGCCAAGAGAUGUCAAAAUUCUGGAGACAGUUGAAGACAUUAAAGAAAGAAGAGGUCAGGUUUUGGGAUUAUAUACUGAAUUCAAAAAUGAAGCUAGAGUCAAAAGAGAGAGGCUUGAAGAUUCCCGACGGUUCCAGUAUUUCAAACGUGAUGCUGAUGAACUUGAAUCAUGGAUUAAUGAAAAACUUCAAGCAGCUUCAGAUGAAAGCUACAAAGACCCAACAAAUCUUCAGGCUAAAAUUCAAAAGCAUCAAGCAUUUGAAGCAGAAGUUGCAGCACAUGGAAAUGCCAUUGUUGCCCUUGACAACAAUGGAAUGGACAUGAUCAAUAAAAAUCACUUUGCUUCUGAUGUUAUCAAGCUGCGCUUGGAAGAAUUACAUCGACUAUGGGAACUUCUUUUGACACGUCUUGCUGAGAAGGGAUUAAAACUCCAGCAGGCUUUGAAGCUUGUCCAGUUUCUUCGACAGUGUGAAGAGGUCAUGUUCUGGAUUAAUGAUAAAGAAGCUUUUGUCACUUCAGAAGAAUUUGGACAAGAUUUAGAGCAUGUGGAAGUUUUGCAAAGAAAGUUUGAUGAGUUUCAGAAGGACAUGGCAAAUGAGGAAUUCAGAGUGACUGAGGUCAACGAACUUGGUAAUAAGCUGAUUAUUGAAGGACAUCCAGAAGCAGAAGUAAUUCAAAAGAAAAAAGUGGAACUGAAUGAAACCUGGGAAAGACUUAAAGCAUUGACUUUAUUAAGACAAGAGAAACUUUUUGGAGCUCAUGAAAUUCAACGUUUUAACAGAGAUGCUGAUGAAACAAUUGCAUGGAUUACUGAAAAAGAUCUGGUCCUUUCCUCUGAUGAUUAUGGAAAGGACCUUGUUAGUGUUCAAGCUCUUCAGAGAAAACAUGAGGGAAUGGAAAGAGAUUUGGCUGCUCUAGAAGACAAGGUUCUAACCCUGGGACAAGAAGCUGAUAGACUGUGUACCAACCAUGAAGAUCAUGCUGAUGAAAUUCAGUCCAAACAUGCUGAAAUUGUCUCAAACUGGGAAGAACUAAAAGCAAAGGCCCAAGAACGCCGUCAACGUUUAGAUGAAUCCUACAAUUUGCAUCACUUUUUGGCUGACUUUCGAGAUUUAGUGUCAUGGGUUAAUGAUAUGAAGUCAAUUAUUUCUGCAGAUGAAUUAGCAAAAGAUGUGGCUGGAGCAGAAGCAUUACUUGAACGUCAUCAAGAACACAAAGGUGAAAUUGAUGCCCGUGAAGACAGUUUCCAUGCUUCAGCUGAAGCAGGUCAGAGAUUAUUAAAUGAGAAACACUCAGCAUCAGAAGAAGUAAAAGAAAAGCUUGUUACCUUAGCCAAUGAAAAGCACUCACUUCUUUCCUUGUGGGAAGAACGUCGAAUUUUGUAUGAACAGUGUAUGGAUCUUCAGCUUUUUUAUCGUGACACAGAGCAGGCUGAUACUUGGAUGGCUAAACAAAAUGCAUUUUUGGAAAAUGAAGACUUGGGCGAUUCUUUGGACUCAGUAGAGGCUUUGAUCAAGAAACAUGAAGAUUUUGAGAAAUCAUUGGCAGCCCAGGAAGAGAAAAUCAAAGCUCUUGAUGAAUUUGCCACCAAACUUAUUGAAGGACAGCAUUAUGCUGCAGAUGAUGUGGCACAAAGAAGAGCAGCUCUACUGGAAGGUCGGCAAGCACUCCAGGAUAAGUGGAGCUAUCGGCGUACAAUGUUAGAAGAUUCUUAUCGUCUUCAGCAGUUUGAACGAGACUGUGAUGAAACAAAGGGAUGGAUUAGUGAAAAGUUGAAAACUGCCAUGGAUGACAGCUAUCUGGACCCAGUAAACCUGAAUGGAAAAGUCCAGAAACAUCAGAACUUUGAACAAGAAGUGAAUGCCAACAAGAGCAGGAUUGAUGAAAUUACAAGUACGGGUCAGGAGCUGAUUGACAGUAAUCACUAUGCAUCAAUAAGAAUAAAUGAAAGAAUGGGUGAGAUUGUUGAUUUGUGGGAGUCCUUGACUGAAGCAACUACCAAAAAGGGAACCAAACUGAAAGAAGCCUCAGCUGAGCAACAGUUCAACCAUGGAGUUGAAGACAUUGAAAUUUGGUUGUCAGAAAUUGAAGGGCAACUUCUUUCAGAAGACAAUGGCAAAGAUCUCACCAGUGUCCAGAACCUACUGAAGAAGCAUACCCUACUUGAAACUGAUGUCAGUUCUCAUCAGGAUCGUAUUGAUGGGAUUGUAAUCCAAGCUAACCAGUUUGUUGAAAGAAGUCAUUUUGAUGCAGACUUAAUCAAAUCCAAACAAGUUGCUUUAGUAGAACGUUACAAUGGCCUACAACUGCCAAUGACUGCAAGACGCCAACGUUUAAAUGAUUCUCUUCGUGUACAACAACUGUUCCGUGAUAUUGAAGAUGAAGAUGCUUGGAUACGAGAAAAAGAACCAAUUGCAGCUUCUACCAACAGAGGAAGGGACUUGAUUGGAGUUCAAAAUCUAAUCAAGAAACAUCAAGCAGUGCUGGCUGAGAUCAACAAUCAUGAACAUAGAAUUCGAGCUGUGUGCCAGGUUGGAGAAGAAAUGAUUAAUGAAGGUCAUUUUGCCACUGAUGAAAUUCACAAAAGGUUGCAGCAGUUGAAUGAAAAAUGGCAGCAGCUAAAGGACAAAGCUCGGCAGCGUAAAGAAGACUUGGAUGAUUCUCUUCAAGCCCACCAGUACUUUGCUGAUGCCAAUGAAGCAGAAUCGUGGAUGAAAGAGAAAGAACCCAUUGCUGGAAACCAAGACUUUGGAAAGGAUGAAGAUUCAGCUGAGGCCCUUUUGAAAAAACAAGAAGCACUUAUGGCAGACCUGGAGGCUUUUGGCAACACCAUAUCUGGUUUGAGAGAACAAGCACAAGCCUGUCGUCAACAAGAAACACCUGUGAUAGACCAAGCUGGUAAGGAAUUUGUUAUGGCAUUAUACGACUAUACAGAAAAAAGCCCAAGAGAAGUUUCAAUGAAGAAAGGCGAUGUGUUGACAUUAUUGAAUAGUAACAAUAAGGACUGGUGGAAGGUGGAAGUUAACGAUCGACAGGGUUUUGUGCCAGCUGCUUAUGUAAAAAAAAUUGAAGCUGGUCUGUCUGAAAGCCAACAAAACCUUGCUGACACUAACAGUAUUUCUGCUAGACAAGCUCAGAUUGAAGCUCAGUAUGAGAACUUGCUCUCUCUUGGCCGAGAGCGCUGCAGGAAACUGGAAGAGACUUGCAAGGCCUACCAGUUAGUUCGAGAAGCUGCUGAGCUUGCACAAUGGAUCAAAGACAAGGAACAAGUUGCAAACAUUCAGGAGGUUGGUGAAGAUCUGGAACAAGUUGAGGACUUAAAUCAGAAAUGGCAAGACCUUCAACAUGUUACUUCUGAGAGAGCAACCCAACUUGGUACAGCCCAUGAAGUUCAGAGAUUCCACCGAGAUGUGGAUGAAACCAAGGAUUGGAUACAGGAGAAAGAUGAAGCACUGGAAACUGAAGAUUAUGGACAAGAUCUACAAAGUGUGCAGACUUUGCAACGAAAACAUGAAGGUUUAGAAAGAGAUCUAGCUGCCUUGGGAGACAGGAUCAAACAACUCGAUGAAACUGCCAGUAGAUUGAUGCAGACACAUCCUGAUUCAGCUGAGACAAUCUAUGUAAAGCAAAAAGAGAUAAAUGAAGAAUGGACACAGUUGACUGCUAAAGCUAAUGCUCGCAAGGAAAAGUUGUUGGACUCAUAUGACCUCCAGCGUUUUUCAGCUGACUACAGGGACCUAACAUCAUGGAUUGGCAGUAUGACCAGUUUGGUGUCUUCUGAAGAGUUGGCUAAUGAUGUCACUGGAGCUGAGGCUCUUUUAGAGCGCCACCAGAAUUACCAGGCAGAGAUUGAUGUUUUCUAUGGCAUACCACAGGAACAUCGAACUGAAAUUGAUGCUCGAUCUGGGACUUUCCAAGCUUUUGAUCGUUUUGGACAGCAGCUAUUACAAAGUGGCCAUUAUGCUAGUGUGGAAGUUCAGGAAAAGCUGGAGAAAAUGAAUGAAGCACAUAAAGAACUUGAGAAUGCAUGGAUUGCCAGACGUAUGAAAUUAGACCAGUGCCUUGAGCUCCAGCUGUUCUACAGAGACUGCGAACAGGCUGAGAGCUGGAUGGCCAGUCGUGAGGCCUUCCUUAGCUCCGAUGACAUGGGAGGAGACAAUGUGGAAGCCUUGAUAAAAAAACAUGAAGAUUUUGACAAAGCUAUCAAUGUACAAGAGGAAAAAAUAACAACCUUGGCACACAUGGCUGAUCAGCUGAUUGCUAGUGACCAUUAUGAUUCAGAUGCCAUCAGAGAAAAGAAGGAACAGGUGCUUAAUAGAUGGCACCACCUAAAAGAAGCUCUGAUUGAUAAAAGGUCAAAACUUGGUGAAUCCCAGUCUCUACAACAAUUUAGUAGAGAUGCUGAUGAGAUAGAAAACUGGAUUGCAGAAAAGGUACAAAUAGCUAAAGACGAAUCCUACAAAGAUCCUGCUAAUAUUCAGAACAAGCAUCAGAAACAUCAAGCCUUUGAAGCUGAACUUGCUGCUAAUGCUGACAGAGUUCAGGCUGUCCUUGGUCUUGGUCAAAACCUGAUUGACAAACACCAGUGUGCUGGUUCAGAAGAUGCAGUUAAAGCCAGACUUGUCUCCAUUGCUGACCAGUGGGAACACCUAACACAGAAAUCCUCAGAGAAAAGCUUGAAGCUAAAGGAAGCAAACAAGGAAAGAACAUUUAAUGCUGCUAUGAAAGAUCUAGACUUUUGGUUGGGUGAGGUUGAUUCUCUACUGGAAACAGAAGACUCAGGCAAGGAUUUGGCAUCAGUACAAAAUCUAAUCAAAAAGCAUCAGCUGGUAGAAGCUGAUAUCACUGCUCAUGAUGACCGUAUAAAGGACAUGAACAACCUGGCUGACAGUCUGGUGGAAUCAGGACAAUUUGAUUCAACUUCUAUACAUGAAAGGCGCACUUCAAUAAAUGAGAGAUAUGAACGUGUCAAAACACUUGCUGCAUAUCGUAGGUCUCGACUAGAUGAGGCUUACACACUCCAUCAGUUCUUCAGGGAUAUCGCAGAUGAAGAAUCCUGGAUUAAGGAAAAAAAGCUUUUAGUUAGCUCAGAUGAUUAUGGGCGUGACUUGACUGGAGUCCAGAAUCUUCGAAAAAAACACAAGAGAUUUGAAGCUGAGCUAGCUUCUCAUGAACCAGCCAUUCAGGACGUUCAAGAAGCAGGCCAAAAACUAAUGGCUGAGUCAAACAUUGGUGUGCCUGAAAUUGAACAGAGGCUGAAGACUUUGAACCAAGCAUGGCAAGAACUUAAAGAGAUGUCCAGUAAACGAGGUCAUAAACUUGAAGAAUCACUGACCUACCAGCAGUUCCUUGCUAAAGUUGAAGAAGAAGAAGCCUGGAUUUCAGAAAAACAGCAACUUUUAUCUGUUGAAGAUUAUGGUGACAACAUGGCUGCUGUACAGGGGUUGUUGAAGAAGCACGAAGCCUUUGAGUUUGACUUUGCCGUACAUCGAGAACGUUGUGGAGAUAUAGCACAAGCAGGUGAACAGCUUAUUGCCGAAGGAAAUCACCAUGCUGACAACAUUCGUCAGCGUCUACAACAACUUCAGGAUCGACUGAAUGCCUUAGAGGCUGGAACUAUUACCAGGAAAGGCAAGCUGAAGGAUAAUUCUGCUUACUUACAGUUUAUGUGGAAAGCUGAUGUUGUUGAAAGUUGGAUUGCGGACAAGGAAGUUCAUGUGCGUUCUGAAGAUUAUGGUCGAGAUCUAUCCUCAGUUCAGACUCUGCUUACAAAGCAGGAAACAUUUGAUGCUGGACUAGCAGCUUUUGAACAGGAAGGAAUUCAGAGUAUUACACAACUAAAAGAACAGCUUUUGGUAGGAAGCCAUGAUCAGACCAAUGCUAUUGUGAAACGUCAUGAUGACGUUAUGACCAGGUGGCACAACCUCCUGGCAGCAUCAGAGGCCCGUAAACAUCGUCUCUUGACUAUGCAAGAUCAGUUUAAGCAGAUUGAAGACCUCUUCUUAACCUUUGCCAAGAAAGCCUCAGCAUUUAAUAGUUGGUUUGAAAAUGCAGAGGAAGACCUGACUGAUCCUGUUCGAUGUAAUUCAAUUGAGGAAAUUAGGGCCUUGCGUGAAGCUCACUCUCAGUUUCAGGCCUCUCUGAGUUCAGCUCAGGCAGAUUUUGAGGCUCUAGCUGCAUUAGACCAACAGAUAAAAAGCUUUAAUGUUGGCUCAAAUCCUUACACUUGGUUCACCAUGGAAGCUCUUGAAGAGACCUGGAGAAACCUGCAGAAAAUAAUUGGGGAGCGUGAUUUAGAGCUAGCUAAAGAGGCUCAGCGCCAAGAAGAAAAUGACCGACUACGUAGAGAAUUUGCCAGACAUGCUAAUGCCUUCCACCAUUGGCUAACUGAAACAAGGUCUUCAAUGAUGGAAGUUACAGGUAACUUGGAAACUCAACUUGAGGCUAUAAAAGCUAAGUCAGUAGAAGUAAGAGCCAAGAGAGCUGACCUUAAAAAACUGGAGGAUCUGGGUGCAACACUAGAAGAACAUCUGAUCUUAGAUAAUCGAUACACUGAACAUAGUACUGUUGGACUGGCACAACAAUGGGAUCAACUGGAUCAGCUUGGAAUGAGGAUGCAACACAAUCUGGAACAACAAAUCCAGGCUCGAAACCAGAGUGGUGUUUCAGAAGAUGCUUUGAAGGAGUUUAGCAUGAUGUUUAAGCACUUUGAUAGAGAAAAGAUUGGUAGAUUGAAUCAUUACCAGUUUAAGAGUUGUCUGCGAGCUUUAGGCUAUGAUCUCCCAAUGGUGGAUGAGGGGCAGCCUGACCCAGAGUUUGAAACUAUCCUCAAUGCUGUUGAUCCAAACAGAGAUGGUUUUGUGUCCUUACAAGAGUACAUGGCUUUCAUGAUAUCUCGUGAAACGGAGAAUGUACGAUCUAGUGAAGAUAUCGAAAAUGCUUUCCGAGCUAUUACUUCUGGUGAACGUCCAUAUGUCACAGCUGAUGACUUGUAUGCUAACCUUACUGUAGAAAUGGCAGACUACUGUGUAUCUCGCAUGAAGCCCUACGUGGAACCAAAAAGUGGACGUACCAUAACAGGAGCCUACGAUUACAUGGAAUUCACUCGCAUGCUUUUCCAAAAAUAGUGUACUCUAGUUAUUUUUUGUGCAGUUAAAGAUUCACUAUCAUUACAGAAAUUACUUAUGACCAUCAUAGAGAUUGAACUAAUAGUAAUAAUACAAACUAGUUACAUGAUUUUUCAAAGAAAGUAGACUUAAUAAAAGACUUAUGCUAAUGGUUUUACCAUUUAAAACCAUUGGCUGUUAUUCAUUAUUUUCUUUGUAGCACAUAUUGAUAAAUGUUGCUUCUUAUGUAGAUAUCUCGAUCUUAAAAAUAUUCUUAGCUUCAGGUAGCUGAUAUUUUGUAGUUUGAUAAUGAAUCUUUAACAUUAAAUUUAUUAAAACAACCAUAUAAUACACAGCACUCUAUAGUUAAUUAUUUUUAUUAAAUUGUGGAACACUUUUUCUUGUUUUAUUUGUUUUUGUUUUUUUUUUGUAACUGCCCCAUUUACAGGUAGUAUUUACUUUCUACUUAAUAUUUUAUUCUUUAUUUAUAAAAUUAAUUAAGGCUUUUAGUACCCUUUUUUAAAAUGUUAUGAAAGGGUUGAUACUAACUAAUAGCUAAUAAGUAGAUACUGAAUCACCAAGUAAAGUAACAUUACCUAGACACUUAAUAGUUACCAGUGGUAGUUAAAAAUUAUUUUUUAGAAUAUACAACAUCGUUAUCUUUAGAAACCUAAAAGUUGAAUAAAGAAAUUGCUUGGUUUAUUAAAAAUGGUUUAAAAAAAUAGCAAGUAUCUCAGAUGAUUCUUAUCUUUAGUACCAGCGGGAAAAAUAACAUGAGAAAUUAUUUACAGUAUCACUCCAGUACUUCUACUUUAUAUAGGUUUGAAAAUGAUUGAAACCCCUAUGUAGUAUUUUUCCGUUGUAUGUAUCUGCUUGUUUCAACUAUUACCCUUACUUAUAAGCUAUUGACGGGCCUGCUCAUUUCAAACUCUGAUGAAGAAAAUUAUUUAAACAAUCCUUUAAGUUUUUUAUUAUUUUUGAUUAUUUUACUCCCAUUCAUAAAGGAAAUACAUAAUAAAUUCUAUCUAAACUUGAGGUAAAACUUUAGUGCUAGGUUGCAAUACAAUUUUAUUUUUAAAUUAUCCAAGUUAUUGCUUAAAUGGAUCAGUUCAAAUUUGGAAAGCUAUGAUUGAGAGAAUGAUUUCGGCCUUAAUGAUUUUAUUAUUUUUUUCCCAUUGUUAACCACGUGUUAUCAGUCAUUGAUACAGUAUAACUUAUGUUGUUUUUCGUGUUUUUUUUUUCUAAAUUGCAGUGAUAUUCGUUACGACUUGUAUAACUUGCUUCCUUAUUCUUAUAUAGUCUCCCUUAUCUUGAAAACAUUGCCUAAGGUUCUAGUCACGUCGGUCACUGUACUCCGUAGUAGAGCACUAUUUCCCAUUUCGUUCAGACUGUUAUUCAGUGUGAUUUUCAAUAAAGUUAGUUGUCACCACAUC